AUGGAAGUUUUAAAAGACCGUGAAGAUCAUGGUGUUAGAACAGAAACAGAAGAACGAUUGAAGAAAAGACUUGAAGAAAUGCACGUGCCCUUUUCUAAAGUUAAAUAUUUAUUUUCUGUAUGGUACAAAAAUGAUAUAAUCAAAUCAGCUCUCGCUAUUUUAGACGUUACCAGUUUAUCAGGUUGUCCAGUAAUAGAGGCGGGUACUGGACAGAAAAUUGACCAAAUUCUAGACAACAGUAAAGAGAGUGCAAUACUUUUAACAGAGUUUAGCCGAUGGCCUGAAAUGGCGAAUGUUGUAUUAACUCUUGUUGAGAACAGAAAUAUAGUGCCAGAUCUUGUAGAUGUUGAUGAGAAGAUUGACAAUGUAAUGGAAUUGUUUAAACGAGCAAACAGAAAGGGGGAAAUCAAAAGAAACAAUGUCCUAAAGGACUUGACGUUAAGGACUUCUAAGUUCACGUGCCUUACUGUAAAACAAAGUUUCACAUUUCUUCUUUUUCUGGUGAAAAUGUUUGACUCACAAGUCGACCAACAAUGUUUAAGUGAAGAAGAAUUAAAAACUUUGUUACAGAACUGGAGCUCUGAUUUAUCCAGAACAAACGACGAUCUAGGUCUUGUGAUGUUUGUGAUCAUAUCAAUGAUAACCGACGUCCACCACGGUCAACAUUUGUUGGUGUACCAGGACACAAUACAAGAGCUGAAACAAAGAUUAGUGACGUCAUUACAUCUUAGUCAAGUUACGUUUCAAGUCUACUGUGGGGAAAACGAGUGCAGACUUGGUAUCUGCAAUAUUUUACUCCACCUACAAAGACUAAGUCAACAAGAAACGUUUAGAGCAGAAUUCCCUGAACAUUGUUUGUUUCAUCUACAAUCUAUUUUGUUACAAUCAUAUUGGACAAGACAACAGGAGACAGAGCUAGGUCUGCAAAUAUUGGCUACUGAUACAACUUAUAUCAAGUACUAUAUAAAGGACGAACCUUCCCUUUUCUUUUCACUACAUGCGUGUGUAGGGUUUUUAAAUGAUUCACAAUUUACAACACAAGCAAAUAACGCAACAAAGCUUUUGGAUCUCAUAGCUAGUAGUUUACAAGCUGAACUAGGCCCCCAAGUUGAACGUAAAAAAACCAGAACAGAGAACUGGAAAGACGAAGAAAAAAACGAACUUCUCUCACUGAUAGAGAGACACAAGAGAGAGAUAGAAUGUAAAGGACGAACCAGCGAAUGUAAGAAAAAAGUAAAACAAGCCUGGGAUGACGUCACACAAGAACAUAGAGCAAAAUACCCGUCACGUGACCUACAGAAAGUGAAAGAAAAAUAUCAGAGGAUGAAAUCUUUGUCUAAACAAGACAUGAAAAGGGCAAAGAGAGACCCUCAUGGCAGUAGACUUUCUGGUUUUACUAGAAGAAUAUUUGAUAUUUGUCCUGAAGAUUUUGUAGAAUUUAAGGAUCUUUUUGAGUCUGAAUUAAACACUGGGGAUACAACAGAGCCAGAUGAAGUUACAGAAGUGGUUGAUGGAACAAAUAGCGCCAGUUUUCAGCCGUCUUCCAGCCUUAAUAGUGAAGGUAACAUUGUGUUGAGAUAA